AAAUGGAGCCAGACUCUACUGAUCUUAAAGCUCAAGAGUACCAACAUGGACAAGCUUAUGAUAGAGAUCAACAAAAAAUUGAGUAUAAGAAAUUGGAUGAUCUCUCUGACAGUUAUGCCAAAACUAGUGAUGAUUAUGAGAUCCAAGAUCCUUUUAUUAGAAGAAAAGAUUGCUCGUAUGAGAACAAUUUAAUUACAAAUGAUGAGUCAAACAAUAUUUCACCAGAGGAUACAAAUAAUGAAUCAGAUUUGUAUCAUAAUCUGCAGCCAAAUAUUCAGAGAGAUAACCAGCAAGAACAUAUUGAUUCUUUGCUGAAAUCUAUUUCCAGCAUCGACUUUUUGUCAUUGGAGAAAAUCUUAGGUGAUAUCCCAGCAAGUCUAGAUUUAACAAAAGUUGUGGACAGUCAAAAUGGAUAUACUUUACUUCAUUUAGCUGUAUUCAAAGAUUCAGAAAGGAUGAUUCUCAUGCUAUGAAAGCACAUAAUGACAAAACAGACUGGCACUUUUGAGAAGAAGAAAAAGAAAAUGAAAAAUUGGAUAAAUACAAAGACUGAAGGAAAAGAAGGAUUUACAGCUCUCCAUCUUGCUUCUUUUAAUGGAAAUCUUUCUAUUGUUAGAUUUUUAGAAAAACAUGGUGCUGAUAUCUAUGUCGAAAGUAAUUUUUGAUUGAAUGCUCUUCAUAUUGCUGCUCAAGGAAAUCAACCAACUUGUGUGGUCUACUUCUUGAACAAAAAUUUUGAUGUUAAUUGUAGAGAUAGAGUUAAUGGAACCCCCUUGCAUUGGGCCUGAUAUUCUGGAGCAGAUACGACUGUAGCUUAUCUACUUGCAAAUGAUGCUUAUCCUAAUGCACAAGAUAAAGAUGGUCAUACUCCUCUCCACUUAGCUAUUAAAUCUUCAGACGUUGUUAAAAAUACUCGAUUAGUAAAACAGCUUCUUUUCAAUGGAGCUGAUAGGAAUUUAACUAAUAAUGAAGGAAGCAGUCCAAUGGAUUAUGCAAAAGAUGUGGCAGUUCAUCAUGUGUCAGUUGAGAUUAGGAAGUCACUUGCUGAACCUAAAUACUGCUCAUUUUUAUUACUCACACAGCCUCUAACUAAAAUGAAGAAAGAGCUUCAUACUGCUAUUAGUUUUGUAGUUCUAAUGACCUUGCUUUUAGUGGUUUUGUAUUUCUAUAUUUUUCCAUUUACAGGAAGCAUAGUCUGGAACUGUGUUUUAGGCGCUCUAUUUGGAUCAUCAGUUAUAUUUUGGAUACUUUCUGCAUUUAAAGAUCCAGGUUAUUUGAAGAAAAGUGACAAGCUCGAAUUUAUAACUCUUGUUGAAAAGUUAGAUCCAACUUGUUUAUGUCCAAAGUGUAAAAUCAUUAGAACUCCAAGAAGUAGACACUGAACUAUCUGUGAUAAAUGAGUAGAAAGGUUUGAUCACCACUGUCCUUGGAUAAACAAUUGUAUUGGCACAGGAAAUCAUGGGAUAUUUAUCAUUUUCUUAAUAAAUAUCUUCUCUUUCCUUUUACUAAUAUUAUUCCAAAUAAUCACUAAUCAUUCGAUCUAUAAAGGAAUCAAAUUUUUGUUAUUGAUGACUUGAGGCUUCUUCUGGCUAUUAAUAAGCAUCCUACUGCUUAAACAGAUUUUUGUAAUUAUUUAUGGAGAAGAUUUAAAUAGGAAAGAACCUAACAGGCCAAGAGACAAUAGUUCUUACCAUUUUAGUGAUAAAUCUUUUGGAGAUAGUGAAGCUCAAGCUGCAUUAUUAAGAAAUGUUUCUAUAGACUCGAGCUUAGACAAUAGAAACAAAGGCAAGUGAAGGAAUUUAUUAAGUGUCCUGAAAGGAGGUGAAAUGAAAGAUCAGUACCAACUGUUCCUCAAGAACAUGAAAAGAGCGGGAACUAACUGUUUUGAGUCUCCUCUACAUGAUCGUACAUUUUACUAA